UUUGCCUGCAGUGGGUGUAAUUUUUGUGAUAAGGAAGGAAAAUAUUUUUAAUAACUAUCCAAUACGGCUCUAAAUACAAUAAUUCCCGCAAUUUGCAUUGGAAGCAAAUGCAUGGUUAUAUGGAGAGAGCAUAACGUCACGGAUGAUGCCUCUGAGUUAACGGUCGGUAAUUGGCGCCAAAAUUCAAAGUGAGUGGAAGGCGCUCGAGCGGUGCUCUGGGUCCGUCUUUUAGACCAAGAGAUCCGAAAUAAAUCGUGAAACAAAACUUUGAUCGGCGACACAGCCUAAAGGGAAGAUGUACAUCAAGUCGAUAAUCAUUGACGGCUUCAAGUCGUACGCGCAGAGGACGGAGAUCAACGGCUUCGACCCGCUCUUUAACGCCAUUACAGGCCUGAACGGCAGCGGCAAGUCCAACAUCUUGGACUCCAUCUGCUUCCUGCUGGGCAUCAGCAACCUGUCGCAGGUGCGAGCCUCAAAUCUUCAGGAUUUGGUCUACAAAAAUGGACAAGCAGGGAUUACAAAAGCCACUGUUUCAAUUACCUUUGACAACAGUGACAAAAAACAAAGUCCUCUGGGCUUUGAGACUCAUGAUGAGAUUACAGUUUCAAGACAGGUGAUAAUUGGUGGGAGAAACAAGUACCUAAUUAAUGGUGUGAAUGCAAACAACACCAGAGUGCAAGAUCUCUUCUGUUCAGUUGGUCUGAAUGUCAACAAUCCUCACUUCCUCAUUAUGCAGGGUCGUAUCACAAAGGUUUUGAACAUGAAACCCCCGGAGAUCUUAUCACUGAUUGAAGAAGCAGCAGGGACCAGAAUGUAUGAAUGUAAGAAGUUAGCUGCCCAGAAAACAAUUGAAAAAAAGGAGGCCAAGUUGAAAGAAAUCCACACGAUUUUGGAAGAGGAAAUUACUCCCACUCUUCAGAAACUGAAGGAGGAAAGAUCCUCUUAUCUGGAAUUCCAGAAAAUAGUACGUGAGAUAGAGCAUCUUACUCGUCUGUAUGUUGCAUAUCAAUUUGUAUGUGCGGAGGAGACCAAGCUGCGCUCUGCGGAAGAUCUAAAGAAGAUGCAAGACAGUAUUGUAGGACUUCAGGAAACCAUUGCAGAGAAUGAAAAGAAAGUGAAGGAAAUCAGCAAAGAAGUCUGUGAGCUGGAGAAGAUCCGAGAUAAGGAAAUUGGUGGAGUGCUUCAGUCCUUGGAAGAGGCAGUUGCUGAUGCUCAUCGUAUAGAUGCCAAAGUGCAAAGUACACUUGAUUCCAAGAAAGACAAUCUCAAAGCUGAAGAAAAGAAACGGAAAACACUUGUCAAAAGUAUGGAGGAGGAUGGUAAUGCUCUUGCAGCUAAAGAAAAGGAAGUGAGGAAGAUUUCUGACGAAUUGAACUCUCUACAGGAGACUAGCCAGAAAGAUGCUAAGGCUCUGGUCAUUGCUCAGCAGCACUUCAAUGCAGUUUCUGCUGGUCUCUCCAGUAAUGAGGAUGGGGAGGCAGCCACACUCGCUGGCCAGAUGAUGGCUUGCAAAAAUGAUAUAAGCAAAGCAGAAACAGAGGCCAAACAGGCUCAAAUGAAAUUGAAACAUGCCCGGCAGGAAUUUAAAAGUAAACAGGCAGAAGCAAAGAAGGUAGACAGUGGAUACAAGAAAAACCAGGAGGCCUUUGAAGCUGUUAAAAAGAACAAAGAAAAAAUUGAAGCAGAAAUGCAGAAACUGAAUUAUGAAGAUGGGAAAGAAGAGAAACUUCUGGAAGAACGUCGAGAGCUGUCACAAGCUGUGAACAAAUUGAGAGAGUCUUAUGAAUCCUUGAUUGUGAAAUUCCCUAGUUUGAGUUUUGAAUACAAGGAUCCAGAAAAAAACUGGGACUCUAAUCGUGUGAAAGGUCUUGUUGCCACACUUCUUUCUGUGAAAGAUAUCUCCACAGCGACAGCUCUGGAAGUGGUUGCUGGAGGGCGGCUAUAUAAUGUUGUGGUGGACACAGAAGUAACUGGGAAAAAACUUUUAGAAAAGGGAGAGCUUAAGCGAAGAUACACCAUUAUACCACUCAACAAAAUCUCUGCCAAAUGUCUUAAUGAAAGUGUAGUUAAGGCAGCCAAAAAUCUGGUGGGUGCAGAUAAUGUGCACACGGCUUUAUCCUUGGUUGGAUACGAGCAUGAAUUAAAGAAAGCAAUGGAGUAUGUUUUUGGGUCUGUGUUGGUGUGUGACUGCUUGGAAAAUGCCAAGAAAGUGACCUUUGAUCCACGGAUUAUGACCAAGACGGUCACUAUUGGUGGUGAUACCUUUGACCCACAGGGUACAUUGACUGGAGGUGCUCGUAUGCAAUCUGCCUCUGUGCUAAUUAAACUUGGAGAGUUGAAGAAUAUCCAGGGUGAGCUCAAAACUAAACAAAAUGAGUUGCAGAAAGUGGAUAAGGAGCUGGGGAGUCUGAAGAAUACUGCAGAAAAGUACCGACAGUUGAAGUUACAAUGCGAGUUAAAAUCUCAAGAGGAGGAAUUACUGUUAGUAAAGCUUCAGCAGAGUUCUUACCACAAGCAGCAGGAAGAGCUUGAAUCCCUUCAAAAAACUAUAGCCGAAUGUGAAGAAACACUUAACAAAACGAAAGAAGUGCAAAAGAAGGUUGAAGAAAAGUAUGCAGUCUUGGAAAAUAAGAUGAAAAAUGCUGAUGCUGAGAGGGAAAAAGAAUUGAAGGAAGCUCAGAAGAAACUUGAUGAUGCCAAAAAGAAGGCUGACAUAUCCACUAAGAAAACAAAGGAAAAAAAACAGGAAGUGGAUGCUUUACUUUUAGAACUAGAGGCAUUGAAGAAUGAGCAGACUGGGUAUGAAGAGCAGAUUGAGACUGUGGAUGCAGCCAUCAAAUCCUACAAAGAACAGAUUGAAAACAUGGCUGAAGAAGUGGCAAAUAAUAAGGAAGCUGUGAAGAAGGCACAGGAUAAGCUGGCUAAACAAAAGGAAGCAAUAAAGUCUCAGAACAAGGAAAUUCAAAUCAAAAACAAUUCUAUAUCAGAAUUAGUAAAACAGAAGAAUGAAGCUCAGUUGAAAAUCCAGGAACUGGAACACAACAUUAAUAAGCAUAAACGUGACACUUCUGAUGCUGCUGCUAAAGUGACUCGGAUGCAGAAAGAGUACGAAUGGAUUAAUUCUGAAAAACAUCUCUUUGGCCAGACUAACACAGUCUAUGAUUUUAAAGCAAAUUGUCCUAAAGAAGCAGGCCAGCGGCUGCAGGAACUACAGCAAAAGAAAGAUAAACUUGGCAAAAAUGUUAAUGUGAGGGCAAUGAACAUGUUGAGCCAGGCUGAGGAGCGGUACAAUGAUUUAAUGAAGAAGAAAAGAAUAGUGACAAACGACAAGUCAAAAAUUCUUUCAACUAUUGAAGAGCUAGAUAAGAAGAAAAAUGAAGCUUUGAAUGUAGCUUGGAAACAGGUAAACCAAGACUUUGGCUCCAUUUUCUCCACCUUGCUUCCUGGAGCAAAUGCCAUGUUAGUUCCUCCUGAAGGCAAGACUAUUCUAGAUGGAGUAGAAUUCAAAGUAGCUCUUGGAGAUGCUUGGAAGGAGAACCUCACUGAACUUAGUGGUGGUCAAAGGUCACUGGUGGCACUCUCUCUGAUUCUGGCCAUGCUGCUUUUCAAACCUGCUCCAAUUUAUAUUCUGGAUGAAGUAGAUGCAGCCUUGGACCUCUCUCAUACACAGAACAUCGGGCAGAUGCUGCGAACACAUUUCCGGCAUUCUCAGUUUAUCGUUGUGUCGUUGAAAGAUGGUAUGUUCAGUAAUGCCAACACUUUAUUCAAAACAAAGUUUGUGGAUGGCGUGUCAACUGUCACAAGAUUUGCUCAGAGUCAGAAUGGUUCAGUCACACCCAAGCAUCUUCCUGGCCAACCGGAUAAAGCAAAAACAAAAGACAAGAGGAACAGACUACAAAUAUAGGGCUACAUAGCUUGUCCAAGUUAUGGCAGUAUAGAAAUAUGUACACUGUCAUACAUGUAUGUAAUAUUGUACAGCAAAGUUCUAUUCUUUCCCUUUAUAUUUUUCUGAACUCUUUUCACAUUUUCAAUAUUUCUAAUAAACUUUUGAAUGGUGUUUUUAUUCUAUAAUUAUGUAAACUUUUCAUCUACAACUGUAACCUGUUAGAAAUAAAUCUAUUAUAGUUUAAAAUGAUCGGAAAGUAAAGGAAUGAUAUACACCUUUAAUUUAUCUUUUUGAUUUAUUGUCUCCUGACUUGGUUUACGUUGCAUCAAAUGUUUCUUUCUCACUCAGCACUAUUAGGCUGCAAGUUCCACAUUUGAUAUUGCUACUUACCAAUAAGGCUUAGCUAGCACUUUUCAUGUUCCUUAGCAGGAUAUGUGGUGAAACCUGUCAUUUGGCAAUGAAUCCUUUUUGACUUUGUGGCACCAAUUUUCUAUUUAAUGGAGUACUAUUAUGAUAAUGUUCCUAUCAACUCCAGGUAUCCCUCCCCACACUUAAAUCUGGAUUCACCACAGUAUUGAACUUGAACUUUUUAGAUGUCGUCAGUUACAGAAUUCCUUACCUCCCAUAUCUUAGUAUCUGCUAUGAUUUUCUGAUAUCUAAAACCAAUGCUGUCUCACCUGAUUAAUUUAUUCUCCUAAUUUGUUGUUUUACCUCUGAGUGGUUGAAGCUGCAACAUUGCUGCUUGAUGUAUAAAAAUUUCACAUCCAUUUUGUUGUGGAUUAAUAUCAUAUAAACAAUGUGGAUCAGACAUUGAAGAAAUACUUCCACUGUGUGGUUUGCUGGUUGCCUUUAGGACUUAAAUUUGCACUAGCCAAAUAAAAUGCCACUUUUAAAGAAAAUUUGAGGUACAAAAAUCACUAGCCCUUAAAUUAUUGAAUGAACAACUUGUUUCAAUAAUUAUUUUCUUUAGUCUAUUUCAGGUUUUCUGACUGAGUUAUGGAUGUUUGUUAGAUAUUUCAGCCUUCAUCUAAAGAUUGAGUUGCUUGGAACUGUGAAGUAGGGUGCUUUCCUAUUUGCUUUUUUUUUCCAUCUUACAACUAAGUAGCAUAGAAUUAUGGUUGGAGAAAUUGUAUUCUGUAUUUCAUAGUACAUCAAUAUGGCUGUCAAAUAUUUAUCUAUAAGUUGUGUUUUCACCAGAAGUGUUUUGCCUCCAAGAUUGAAGUAACCAUUUUAAAUAGUAAUAACAUGGUGCAGUUAUACUCCUGAAUGCUAUUAAUGUAUAUCCAUUGCUUUUUUGUUAAAAUGAGAGUUGGGUGUACUUAUUGAAA